GUUCUUGAUUCCAAUCCAAACUUUCCUGGAAAAUUUCGAACUCCAUGGAUGACCAUCACUUGGAGGAAAUCUAUCCAACCCCAAGUUCAUCAUCUUCACCUUCACCUUCACCUUCGACUCCCGCGUCUUCUUCGAUUCCCCUCCACCUCUCUGGAUUCUUAACUGGUGACACCAUUCAAGUUCAAGGAGACACAGAAAAUCUGCAAUUCUCUGUUCAAUUCAAUGUCCAUCACAAACACAAUUCAGACUCUGGGCUUCACCAAAAUCCUAGCGCAAAUAUACCAAAAGAAAAUCAAACUUCUCUCAAUUCUAGUUCUUCAUCAUACAUGACUCCCAAUGCAAACCAUGUCGAUGAAGAUCGAAAUGCAAACGCAGAAGCACAGAGCCAUGCUAUUGAUUGGAUCCCAAAAACUGAAGGGUGCAACAUUGUGACAAGACUGGGAAGUGGGGUUCUGUCCCUGGUUACAUACUAUCCUAGCAAUGGCGGUUUGGUGCGUGGGAAUUUAAGCGCAAGGAACGAAGGGGUGUCGAGGAAGAAAGUAAUGUUGAAAAGGGUGCUAAGAAGACACAGUUUUCCAAUUAGUUCUUAUACGUUCUUUGUGAUGACUACUUGGGGAAUGGUUAGGUCUUCUUCCUUUGGGGAGGCAAGCCAGAGGUUGAGUGAGAUGUGGUGCAACCUCCCACAUAAUGAGAAGAAGGUGCUUGAGAACAUGGCUUUCAAAGAUAAUACGAGGUACCAGAGGCAAUGCUUCCUGCUGAGAAGCCAUGUACGCGACUAA